AGAUAUUUUAUGCCCAAAUUUUGUAUAAUUUUGUGAUAGAUAGAUUUGCGUUUUUGUUUCCAGCCCGAUGGCGUCCUCUGCUGGAGAUACUGCUUCGGUCUGCAGCGAAGCACCUUCUCAUGCAUCUACCUUGGUUUUGCCUGGGGGAGCCGAAGUUCCCGAAGAUCUUCAAAAUGCAGCCAUCCAUGGUGGUGACGGCAAGAUGUGUUGCACUUGCGAUAGCAAGGUCAAGAAGGAGGAUUCAGUUUGUGUGAGGGCAUCUUCCAAGGUCCAGCCAGAAGGGGUCUGGCGUUGUCGGCCAUGCCAUGCCCUCAAGAGCAGGAUCAACCGUAUCAUGAGCAAGAAUGGCCAGCUUGCUCGUGAUUGGGGUGAGAUGAGUGAGAGUGAGCGUGCGGCUUUUGUCAAGGAGAACAAGAACCUUUACGGAUCUGAUUUGGAGCUGAGAAUCUCUGAGUCCAUGACCAUCACCAAGGCCAAGAGAUCCUUUACUUCCUUCACUGGCAAUGGUGACUUCAGGACUGAGCUUGACAUCCGUGAGAAAUGGAAGAGUCAGCCCGAUGUUGCAGACAACAUCAUCAAGUUUGGAAGGAAGUUUCUUGACCCCGUGAAGAAAAUCUACCUGUACGAGGAUGUUUCGUACUCCACCAAGCAGGAAGAUUCCGAAGAGAGGAAGGAGACCCAGCGUAUGCGUUUGGAGGCUGGGCCAAAUGCUCUUGUAGUUGACGGUGAUGGGAACGAGGAGAAGGAGAAGGAUGGAGAACCCCAACCAGCCCGCAAGAAGUGCAAGACCAACAACCCGAAGAAGACCCAGGAUUUGACUGGUGAAUCCACCAAGAGCAAGCCUGAGAAACCUUCUAAGGUGAGCAAGUCCGACAUUUCCUUUGCCAAGAAGUACAUCGCCCAGCUGGCCCCGCAGAAGGUGGAGCUCAAUGGGUUGAAAGAGAAGACCAGCGGCCAGGAGCAUCUGUACCCAGCACAUGUGCUCACGUAUGCACAGCAAACCCUGGGAAAGAUUGAUGAGUGGUACAACAUGAUUGAGCCCAUCUUCAAGGGUGAGAAGCAUUUGGAGGAUGUCCAGCCAGACAAGAAAAAAUUCGAAGAGGAGAUCAAGCACAUCGUUGGUGAGGGGACUAUGGCCAUCGAAAGAUUGCGGGUGCAGGUGAACGAAGUGAGCCGAUGGAACAAAUGAGAGGGGGGCUGCUGCUUUUGUUCGAUGCAGAGCUGCAAUUUUAUUUUGGCAGCUCUUGCAGCUGUUGCUAACAUUUGUCCGGGUUGCAUAUUGCAGCUGCAAUAUUUUGAGCAGGUGUUAGGAUCUGGUUCAAACACUGGCAAAAUUUGAAGCUAUGAGCCUGUGAAACAGUGAGACUUUCACAAAUUUGGGCAGGCAACGGAGAAAA